GCUUCCCGCCAUCUCUCUUUCCCUCUCUUACUCUCAUAGACUGUCAUCGCCAUCGAUUCUGUGUUCCCUCAGAAGAAUCAUCCAUGGAAUCAGAGCUCGGAGCCAAGACUUCCAAACGCUGCUCCGCCAUUAAUCAACCUCAAGCUCUACAAUCUGGAUUUCUCCUCUCACCCCGCAAAAGGCCUAGGAGGCAGCCGCAGCCGUAUGAAUUUCCUUCCAAAGAUGGGGAUGGAGUUUCGCGCUUUGUAGCAAAGGAUCUACGUAUCAAGCGAGUCUUCUCCCGGAAUUUACCCGAUGGGAGUGGCUCAUCGGGAGAGCAGAUUAGCGAUAAAGAAGGGCUGAUAAUCGCCAAUGGAAGUUGUCCGAAUGAAGAUGAAGGAGUAGGAAAGAUCUCCGAGACUCCCGAGGUACGGAAUCUGGAUGUUUGCAAUUCCAGUGGGUUUGUUGAGCAGAGAUUUGACGGGAAGAGUGAGGAAUUAGGGCAUUCUACUCCUCCUGAUGCCGAGAUUUUGGCGGUGGCUUCUUCAGAUGGAUGUCCUCGGUCAAGUAAUACUUAUGCGAAAGUUGACACUAGAAUGUACUCUGUUACUAGAACCGGAUCGGUGCUCAAACCAUGCCUUAAACGGAAGCUAUUCAAAGCACCUGGCUCCCUUGCCUACAAAAGAUUGCUACCAUUUUUGCUGGAUAGCGAUAACUACACCGUACAAGGCGAUCCGUACCCGAAACGCGAGAGCAAUUUGGAGAAGAAGCCUAACAUUGAAUCUAAUCUGCCUAAUCAUGACAAGGAGUUGUGUUUUGUUGAUUCAGAUACUUGUGUAAAGAAAUCGGUUUUUAUCUCUGGCAUGUCAUGUAAGGCUACGAAGCCAAAUUUAGCACCUCCAGAUAAUAGGGAUACUAAAAGUUUUCAGAAUGGCAAUCCUUCUGGAAAUCAAAAGUGCAGUGAUUCAAACAAUGAGCUGAAUUUAGUGAAAGGGGAUUCUGGUUUGAAAAAGGAUGAUGCGGUCUGUGCCUCUUCUCAUGACAAAGUGCUGACAGAGAAUGGAGGGCUCACAAAGCAUCACAUAGAGCAUGUUUCUUAUAAUGAGCAAUCUAAAACCUCCAGAUUGGAGAGGAUUGAUGGUGGGAAUUCUUUUAUAUCUUCAAAUGUUUCAUCAGAAGUAGAAAACUCCAAGUUAGAUGAUUCAAAGAAGUUGAGUAACAACGUUUCUGAGGAUAUAGAAAAAGAGGAUUAUGUGAACAAAGAACUCCAGAUGUCAUCAUUGGAUGCCAACAUCUCUUGUUACCCAAUUAUGGAAGAAAGGAGAGAUGAAAAAGUGGAAUGUACUCGAGGUGCAGAUCAAACUCUUGGUGGUUCUACUAUUGGUGAAAAUCAUAGCAACAUGGCCUUAGAGAGUGACAAGGAACAUGGUUCCCUAGUUAGAAACAAAUCGGUUCGCAACCCACUUGUACAACUGAAGCAAUUUGCUGGCCAAGUUUCAGUUAGCUAUCGAAGGAUGCUUCCAUUCCUUGAGGAUCUUUUCAAAGAUAAUUCGGAGAACUGUGUCUUGGAAAACAUCGACUGUCCCAGACCAGAUAACGAAUUGGCAACUAUGCAUCUGCAACAACCGAGUUCAGAUUCUCACAAUUCCCUGGAUAAAUCAGAAGGGUUGGUAUCUUGCAACAAGCCAUGCGAUGGAAAUUCAGAUACUUUGUCGAAGAAUAUGAACGAAACGGUUUGUGAAACAGAAAAAAUUUUGACGCCCGCUGAAGUUAAUGAUGAACUUCUAUCACCAUCAAAAUUACAGAUGCAUCAGCUGCACUCUGAACAGAUGUUGGAUGAAGGUAAAAUGGAAAUGGACCCUCAAUUACAUGGUGCAGCAGUUUCAAAUGAUCAAGCAGUCUCAUCAUCGAAUCCUUCUGGCAGUUAUGAGCCUCUGACUGGAGAAGACUGCACAAGUUUAACAGAUAAUGUUUCGGAUGGUGCUAAACUCUCCGAUGGAAACAGCUUAGGACCUAAUUCUUCAGGCGCAGGAGCAUGUAUUCUGCCAGAAAAUUGCAUCAAUGUUAAAAAGGGAAUUCUUAAACGAAACCCACGAGGAUGCAGAGGAAUCUGCACUUGUUUGAACUGUUCCUCUUUUCGUCUCCACGCCGAGAGAGCAUUCGAAUUUUCCAGAAAUCAACUGCAAGAUGCUGAAGAAGUCGCUUCAGAUUUGAUGAAAGAGUUAUCAUUUCUCCGUGAUGUCCUAGAAAGAUUUUCUGAUGGUGUAAAAGGAGAUGCAGGAUAUCAUUCAACUAAGGUGAAAGAAGCUUGCAGGAAAGCAGCUGAAGCAGAGUUAAUUGCAAAAGAUCGCUUUCUACAAAUGAACUAUGAACUUGACAUUCAUUGCAGAAUCACAUGCUCCCAACGACCAAGUGUUAGAUUUUCUUGUGACAUUGAGAAAAAGAGAGAAUGAAGAUGUCAAACAGAACCAAAUGACAGAAGAUUGCCUUUUGACAGAAGAGUGGAUUGAGGCCUCCACUCUGGCCAUUUGCUGGUGAAAGGAUUGCCUUUUGACAGAGAAAUUAAAAGGUUUCAUUCUUGUAGACCCUUAGAUUGUGGAAUAUAUCAUAUAGUUUUUAAAAUUCUGAAAUUUAAAGUGUCAAUAAAAUUUAUCUCUUUUUUUUUGUUCUUCCCCUUUGAGAAGAGAGAGUAUUAUAGUAGUAGUAUAGUGGAUUCUUUAUGUAGUUUAUUGGUAGCUUUGGUAAGGGUGUAUAAUAACUUCAUUUA